AUGUGGAGCGAUUGUUGUGAUUCAUAACCAGUGACUUGCUGCUGCUGAAUGAGGCUGCGGCAGGGGGUGCCCCAUUAAAACCCUUUUGUCUUUUGCACCUGACCAGUGAUGCUGCAACGGGUUGUUGUGAGCCCACGAAUGAGCCUGGCACAGUGAUCCUGACAUUUCAACGUCUUUCUGAUUCAAAAGGGAUGUGGUUGUUGUUGCAUGCGGCUUUUGAUGCAUUGUGAGAUGAAAAUAUCGCUAGCCUUUGCAAGGGAAGAACAGCCAGAACUGGCCCCCAUCCUGCCUUCCUGGCACACCUACAACACCGCAGAAGCUGCCCCCAUUCCAGACACUAAUUGUUUUUCUGGCUGCAUCCUUCUAGCCAGCGUGAAGUCAUGCUUGUUCAUCACACCCACCAGCUGCCAGAUAAUCGGGUUGGUGAUCCUGUGCAUUGGCAUCUAUGCAGAAGUGGAAAGACAGAAACACAGAACUUUGGAAGGGAUCUUCCUAGCUCCAGCUGUGGUUCUCCUUCUGCUGGGCAUCACAAUGUUUGCUGUUUCCUUUAUUGGAAUGGUUGGGUCCCUCAGAGACAACAGGACACUGCUGAAGAUGUUCUUCUGGGUUCUUCUGGUGAUCUUCAUCACUGAGAUGCUGUUGAUAUUCAUUGAAAUAAUCUUCGAAAACAAGAUGAAUGCAGUUUUCCAUUCCAACAUCCAAGAGGGGAUUAGGCACUAUUAUGAUGACCUGGAUUUCAAGAACAUUUUAGAUUUUGUACAAGAAAGGUUCUCUUGUUGUGGAGGUGAUGAAUAUAAAGACUGGAAUGUCAAUCAGUACCAUUCAUGCAACAGCAGUGGUCCUCUGGCUUGUGGGGUUCCAUACACUUGCUGUAUCAAGAAGGUCCCUGGAGAAGUCAUCAACACUCUGUGUGGAUACAAGACCCUUGAAAAAGAGCGACUGCAACUGGUUGACAUUAUCCAUGUGCGAGGCUGUAUCCAUGCAGUUGGCCUGUGGUUUAAAGACAACUUUGAAGUCACUUUUGGGAUAGUUUGUACCUUGCUGCUUCCACAGGAGUUGCUCUCGACCCCAGCCUUACCUAGCAACAACAUCUGAAGCAGGUGAGCCAUAAAACCAAGAGUCGCAUCAAUAUCAUCCAAUAGCGAGCAGGUUCUAGUUGGGGUUGCGAUGCUCGAACACUACAAAUGACAACGCUGUCUUUAGUUUACUGUACAGUCCAGAACAGCACACUGUUUGUGGAAGAAGCUCGCACAUGGACCUCUUCAAUAAAUGCAGCUGUGAGACUUGUAACCAUUCCACCGUCCUGGCUUCCAGUCCUCACAAACAUCCUUCCUCCAACCAUCCAGCACGAGGUGGCUACGUUGUGCGAGUACAAGAAAACUCUCUCUGACCAAAAGCUCUUACUUCAUGACAGCCUUGUUCACUUACCUUAAGUCCCACUAACUAUUCUGGAUAUCUGGAGAAGCUCUUCCAUCAUCCACAAGACACCUGGCGAAUGCAAUGGGCAGGCUGUGACAUAAACAAGCCCCUCAUAGAUAAUCCCACUAUCAAACUUCCUGGUGUCUUGCUCUGCCAAAGACAGUGGACGACCAUUAACCGUAUUAGGACGUCGCGUAGAAGCUGUGCGCACCUGAUGCACACACAGAGAAUCAAGGAUUUGCCACAAUGUGAAUGGAGAGACCUCCAAACGAUCAAACACACUGUGAACAAAUGCCCCACAGUGCAAGGGUGCACUGUGCAUCUCCUGAAGCCCUCAAAUGGAUUUCACACCUUUCUAAUAACUUGUAAAUGUUGCGAUUUCCAUAUGAAAAAAGAAUGAAAUGGACUAAGUUUAAAUGUGAAUGAAUCCAGCCAAUAAGGCCUAAGCUUCACAUACGAUACAGGGUAUCAUGGCAUAUCCCCUCUUGAAAUCACUAGCCAACUAUGUUCUGUAUUCCCCUCACAUCUCAGUUAUUAUGAAAAGCCGGUCCCUCCAUCUUAGAAUGCUAGAACUGAAUUAGCUGUCUGCUCUCUCAGCCUGUGGAAUGCUGUAAACCUUAUCUCUGGUUGAUUAAAUUGAAUUCAAUUCUGUAAGAUGUAGUAAUUAUUUUACUUCUCCCACCAGCUAACAUCAGCUUGGGGGUAUUACGCUGGCCCGGCCCAGCAAUGCAAAC